UCUAUCCUCUAUCCGAGAAGGAGGUUUGGAUUCGCUCUCCUCGCACGGUGGUCGCGUCAAUUUUCUCAUACUGAUUUUUCGUGAGAAGGAAAUCGACAGGCGGUUUUGAGUCGCCUCGAAGCAAUACGUGGGAUAUCUCGAACGUUCGCCCGCAUACUCUCCUAGAUGUCUGAAUCCGAUCUUUUAGCUGGCGACCACAUCGAUGGUCUGGAUGGUCUUGAAAACGGUCAAGAUGGAGACACUAUUAUGCAGUGCGACGGCGUGAAGCGUGACUUGGGCGAAGCAAACGUUGACGAUCCUGAAUUGGAGGCGAUUAAAGCACGAGUAAGGGAAAUGGAGGAGGAAGCUGAGAAAUUGAAACAACUCCAAUCCGAGGUAGAUAAGCAGAUGAACAUGGGCAGUCCACCUGGUAUUACAAGCCCAUUAAAUAUGUCAUUGGAAGAUAAGAUGGAAGUUGAUAACCGGUCGAUUUACGUCGGCAAUGUUGACUAUGGCGCUACAGCUGAAGAGUUGGAGCAACAUUUUCACGGUUGCGGCAGUGUCAACAGAGUGACAAUCUUGUGUAAUAAAUUUGAUGGUCACCCCAAGGGCUUUGCUUAUAUCGAAUUUGCCGAACGCGAUUCUGUACAGACCGCAAUGGCCAUGGAUGAGUCUAUGUUCAGAGGACGUCAAAUUAAAGUAAUGCCUAAAAGAACAAAUAAGCCUGGUUUCUCCAUGACAAAUAGGGGUCCCAGAGGUGCAAGAGGCUAUCGAGGCAUGGCUAAAGGAAUUAUUCGUGGUAAUACAUACUUUGGAUACCGACCUACGAGGCGACCUAGGAGUUACAGACGUGGUUACUAUAUGCCAUAUUGACCAUUUUAAGGGCAACAUUAUUUUACAAGUAUCAAG